UUAGUCAAUGUGUGGAGUAUCAGUGUGGAUUCCAUCAUCGAAUGCAUACCACCGAUGGUAACAAUCUUUCUUCAAGUGGCAUCUUAUUUUAACCUGAUUUUUAAUACGGAAAAGUUCAAAAAUAUACUCUUAUUCAUUAAAAAUGAUCAUAACUACUACAUGAAUCGUCCAGAAAAUAUGAUUCUUCAAUAUUAUGCCAGACAAGGAAGCAAAAUUAUACUUUAUUAUGUCUCGUACAUUUAUAUAACAAUCACAGCUUUUGUACUGAUACCAACAGUAUCAUUGAUAAAUGAACUCGUCAAUCAUUCUGAAGAGAGAAGCUUACCAAUCGAAAUCGAUUAUGGCAUAGACAUACAAGAAUAUUUCUAUUACCUAUUUAUACCUUUGUACGUAUCAAUGUUUAUAGUUCCUCAUGUAAUCGCAUCUUGCGAUAGCACGUACUUGCUAUACGUCCACCAUGCCAGUGCUUUGUUUGCAAUAGUCAGUUAUGAAUUGAAAACUAUUCACAUUUUCGAUACAAGUAGCUUAAUAAACUUAAAGGAUUAUGACUUACUCGAAAAGUAUAAAGACGUCGAGUUAUCACCGGACGAACAGAAGAAAAUUUUUAAAAAAUUAUUGCUUUGCAUAAGAAGACAUCAAAAUGCAAUAAAAUACGCAAACCUCGUUGAAUCAUUUUUCACUAAAUCCAUAUUAGCUCAGAUGUUUUUUAACGUCGUCAGUCUUAGCAUUGGUGGAGUUGAAGUAGUCUUGAAUUUAGGCAAUACAAGGAACGUGAUGCGAUUUGGAGCACUUGCAUUGGCACAAGCUAUACAUAUAUUCAUCCUUUGCUUUCCAGGACAAACGCUAUUAAAUCACAGUGAAGAAGUGUACGCCGCGGCAUGCGAGGUAGUGUGGUAUAUAUUUCCUAAAAGGUGUCAUAAUUUAUAUAUAUUUUUACUCACAAGGACUAUGGUAUUUAACAAAAUAACAGCUUUCAAACUUUCGGUCAUGUCAAUGGAAACAUUUCUCUCGAUUAUUCAAACCGCAAUGAGUUAUUUCACUGUGCUAUUGUCAACUACAUGA